AUGUAUUUCUCAACCACGGCAGCGGCUCUCUUGGCCAUCCCAGGCGCUUCAGCACAGCUCAACCAGCUUGCGAAAGCGGCUGGAAAGCUCUACUUUGGUUCUGCCACUGACAACGGGGAGUUGACAGACGCGGCCUACGUCGCCAUUCUUGAGGAUGCCAAUAUGUUUGGCCAGAUCACGCCAGGAAAUGGGCAGAAGUGGGAGUACACGGAGCCGAGCCAGGGCCAGUUCGACUAUACGUCCGGAGAUCAGAUCGUCGACUUUGCCGAGUCGAACGGUCAGAUCGUGAGGUGCCAUACUCUGGCAUGGUACUCGCAGCUGCCGUCCUGGGUUGGCGAUGGCACAUGGACCGUGGAUACGUUGACAUCUGUGCUCAACACCCACAUCGCCAACGAGGUCGGUCACUACAAGGGCCAGUGCCGCUCCUGGGAUGUCGUCAACGAAGCCCUCAACGAGGACGGUACUUACCGCGAGAAUGUCUUCUACACUGUCAUCGGAGAGUCUUACAUCCCACUCGCCUUCGAAGCCACUGCCGCCGCCGACCCUGAUGCCAAGCUAUACUACAACGACUACAACAUCGAGGGAACCGGCGCGAAGCAGGACGGCGCCGUGACCAUUAUUAACCUGGUCAAGGACGCCGGCGCCAAGAUCGACGGCGUGGGAAUGCAGGCUCACCUUAUCGUGGGCACCAUACCUACCCAGAGCGACCUUGAAACCUCGAUCAACUCGUACCUCUCCGCCGGCGUUACCGAAGUCGCCUACACGGAGCUGGACAUCCGCUUCAGCAGCCUGCCGCCCGACGACGCGGGCCUGCAGCAGCAGGCAACCGACUACGGGACCGUGACGCAGGCGUGUCUGGCCGUCGACGCGUGCGUCGGCAUCACCAUCUGGGACUACACCGACAAGUACAGCUGGAUCCCGGGUGUGUUCGCGGGGUCCGGCGCGGCGCUGCCCUGGGACGAGAACUUGUCGGAGAAGCCGGCUUACUCGACCAUCAGCAGCGUACUUGCUGCGGCGGCUACGGGUAGCGCCAGCAACGCGACGAUAACGACGACGCUGGUUACCAGCACCUUGAUUACGGCAACUUCUGUGCCCACAUCGACGUCGGGGUCGUGA